AUGAGGGGUAUUAAGGCCCUUUAUCUGCGUGAUGACCGCACCUUCGCGGCGCUUCUUCUCAUUCUUGCCUCCCCCGCCUCGGCCCAAAGCUGCGAUGUUACAGCCAUUACGCCCGACUACAAGGCCGCGGUGGCGCACGGUGGCUGGGAGUAUCGGAUCAUCGCCAACGGGCUGAGGAGGCCGAGGGGCAUCGUCGUCGAUAGCAGCGGGGCUCUGCUGGUUGUUGAUUCGGGGAGUGGGAUUAAGAGGAUUGUGUUGGAGGAUCGGGGAGGGACUUGUUUUGCUGUGAGGGAGCAGACGACGCUGGUUGGGCUUUCUGAGUUGAACCAUGGCAUCGCACUGGAUAGCCAAAAUGGCAUCCUCUACGCAUCCAGCUCAGAUAAGGUCUACUCAUGGGCCUACAACGCCUCAGCUGGCACCGUGAGCCAAUCUCGUAACACGGUAGUAGAGGGUAUGGACAACUCCGGCCACACCACACGCACUCUCCUCCUCUCCGCCAAGGUCCCCGGCACUCUCCUCGUCUCCCGCGGCAGCGACGGCAACGUCGACGAAGAAGCCAAGGACAUCUCAUCAGGCCACUGCCAAAUCAAAGCCUUCAACCUCAGCAGCACCGCCCAAGACUUUACGUCCUCCGGCACAAUCCUCGGCUGGGGUCUGCGAAACUCCGUCGGCGUCGCCGAGGACCCCGUCACGGGCGGCAUCUGGAGCGUCGAGAACUCCGUCGACCAGUUGAGGCGGAACGGUCGCGACAUUCACCAGGAUAACCCCGGCGAGGAGAUGAAUUUCCACGGCUAUCUGAACGGGACUUCUACGGAGGAGUCGGGGGGUAAUUUCGGGUAUCCGAGCUGCUUUGCGCUGUGGUCUACGGAGAAUUUCCCUGAUCGUGGGGAUCUGAAGACGGGGGAUCAGUUUGCGCCGUCGGCGGGGGAUGGGGUGGAUGAUGGGACGUGUAACAGUGAUUUUGUAGCGCCAAGGAUUACGUUCCAGGCGCAUACUGCGCCGUUGGAUAUCAAGUUUGCGGAGGAUGGGUCGGAGGCCAUCGUCUCGUUUCACGGAAGCUGGAACCGAGAUAAUCCAGUUGGCUACGCGGUAUCGAGCAUUCCCUUUAAAGACGGUCAGCCCGUCGCGGCAUCCGAUAGCACGAGCGCCGCAGAGGCUAUCCUGUCGAACGCGGAUUUGGGUGACUGUCCUGGGAAUUGCUUCCGGCCUGUUGGACUUGCGUGGGGGAGCGAUGGGAGGCUCUUCAUGACUUCUGAUGCGACGGGGGAGAUUUACGUGUUGCAGAAGACGGGGGCGACUGGUUCUUCUGGGGAUGAUGAGAAUAGUGCUAAUCAUGUUAAGGGGAGGUCAUGGUUUGCUUUGAUUCCUGUGGGCAUCUUGGCUUUGGCUCUGUUGUAA